UAUGUCAUAUAUGAAAUCUUAAGUUAAACGUUUGGAGUAAGAAGUACACAAUUAUAUAGAUCUCCAUAUAUAUAGAUAUAUACAUAGGUACACACUUAUCAGUUAGAAGACGUGUAAAUAGAGGCAAAGGACAUGGCGCGUUUGGUCUUUACCGACAAGGAUCAGAAUUCCUAUGAUCCCAAGAAGUAUAAGGUAGUUCACAAGAAUCAUUGGCGGCAGGUGAGUCUGCGGCUGGCGCCAACGCAGAAAAAAUGGUGGGAGGAUCCAGAUGUUGUUGUUGCUUUCAAUUUGCCGCGCAUCAGCGCCCGGCUGGAGCGCCUCAUGGGCACAAACGUGGUGAAGCUGACCGACCGCGACUACAUGAAGCAGCUGCGUGAACGCAUCGACGCGGAUUACCGCAAACAGCUACUCGCCCGGAUUCGAGCGCGUGAGUUAAGAGAGGUGGAGCGUGAGCGCAUGCUUAUUAUCGAAGGCAAAUCGGAUAUAAUACCAGUGGAACUGGCAGACGAUCCCAUCUUUAUGGUCAACAAAGAUGCCAACGCUGAGAUACAAAGGGAACGCGCGAAGCUGAAAACGAGUCGAGAAAAGAAUGCGGAACGCUUGAAGGUGCAAGGCGUCAAGUGGGAGCGUGAGAGACUGCAGCAUGCGGCACAGGAAGCCGAGUUGCUGGCCAAGAAGCACGAGCGACAGCGCCAACAGAAGCUCCUCGUCGAGCAGUACAGAGUGGAGGAUGCCGAGCGAGGCAUGGACCUGCUGCGCAUUGACAACGAGGACUGGCGUGAUUGCGAACAGAAUUUGAAGGAGUUCUUGGAAAACGAGCGAGCCAAAAUGAAGGAACGUUCGCUGCGUGUGCCCAAGCCAUUCUCAUCGGAUCCAAAGGAUAUACUCAACAUAGUUCGCGCCCGCCAAAAAUUCCGGGAAACAGAGCUGCGGAUACGCUAUCAGUUGGAUGUGGAUAAGAAGGACCAUGGAACAGCGGUGGCAGCGAUCAGCGAUGGGGAAGGCUUCUUAGUGGAAGAGCCAGCCGCUAGCAUCAUCGAAAUACCGCAUGACGCGUCGGGAAGCUUUGGCGAUUAUCCCGGCGCCAUUCAAAGCAAAUACUUGGACGAUGCCUCCGAUGUGACUGAGGAAUCCAUCAAGAGUGAGAGUUUAAUCAGCUUGACGGUUGCAAAGGAACAAUAUGCCGAGGUGUUACAGCAAGAGAUGGAGGACGAGUUCAAUCGAGGAUUGCUCAUAUCUAAGCAGCAAUACGAUCAGUUGCGUUAUGAGGACGCAAAAAUUGUGGCACUGCGUAAUGCUAAGAACAUACUUGAGCUGUACCAAUUGGCUGAAGAGAUCAUUAUGGGCGAUCCGCUCCCGCCGGAGCCGGUGGAGGAGACUGCGGAACAGGAUCUCGUACCAGAAUAUGUUCCUCCACGUGGCUCUGAUGACGUGGAUUGAGUAUCAGAAACCAUUCUUAUUUUUUAAAUGAUCGUUAUAUAUUUUUUUUCGAUCCACUACCGUCGCACUCGUUCGACGGGUUUUUACAGAAGAAACCAAAAAAAAAAUUCCAACUCAAAAUUGUUGCACAACAUUUUGUACCUAUGUCCAAAUAAGGUCCGAAUUAACGAUCCAAAAAUUGUAGUAUCAAAAAAUAAAUAUGAUAAAAAUUGUAGAGGGGGGACGGCUGUCAUCCACAUUGAAAUCUCCGUAACAGUCAAAUCAAAAUACCUGUCGAAUAAGUGUCAACUCAACGAGUUUAAUUAAACCUAUAACACGCUUAAGAUAAAACGAAUAAAACUCACAUAUGAACAAAAUCAA